UAAAAUUUAAUUAAUAUUGAACUAUAGACUGUACUGUAGCCUACAGUAGUGUAAUAGCGUUCAAUAUCUUUUAUAUAUUAUAAAUUUUAGUCAUUCAAAUUUUGCAUUAUUUUUCAACCUAAUACACACUCAAUCUCUACAGUGUAGUAAUUAAUGGUAUUAAAUCACUUUUUUAUUUUAGGUCUGAUGAAAACUUGCUUAGUUUCAGUGAAGGGGAUAUUUUGAUAAAGUUUGGUGGCGACAAGGGUGGGGAUACAACAAAGUUUGAAAUUCAAUUGUGCUGUCUUCCCAAACCAAAUUCACUGGAAAAUGUAAUUGUGGUGCUAGUAUUUCAAGCCCUAGACUUCACCGUAAACCUUCAAAAAGGUCUGGCCCUUAUUAUGGAUGAAGUUAUGGAUAUAGAAGGGAGUGUGUGGAAAUCAGAAAGGACAAACAAGAGUCACACGUUACGAUUGUUUUUCUUCGGGGAUUACGAGUUCUUGUCUCGUGUUUAUGGACUCAUUGGAUCUAACGGCAAGUAUUCCUGUAUAUACUGCUUGAUAACUCAGCAAGGAAUAAAAGAUGGUACAGGAAAUUGUUCUAAAAGGACCUUGGACAGCUACAAUGAUGACUUUGAGGAAUUUGUUCGGAAUGGUAGUGACCCAGCAAAAGGCAAAUUUGUCUUCCAUAGUGUAGUCAGAAAACCUAUGCUCAACAUCGAGUUAGAUAAGGUUAGUAUACAAAAAGAAAAAAUAUAUAUAAUUACUGGCAACUCUUUCUAAAAACAACUUGUAUAUUAUAUUGUUGAAGUUAGACAAGGUUAGUAAAAAUAACUUAUUAUUAGUGGUCACUCUUUAACAAUCACAUUUUUUAAACAUUACA